UGGCAUCAGUGACUCAUCUUAAAAAGCCAUGACAAAGCAUAAGGAAUGGUUGAAACCAAUCCAUAAUUGUCUUUUAGGCUGCACAUACAUAGCCCUGCUGGCAUUAUAACACAGUUCAAUAACACAAAAUGACACAAAUAGCGUUUCGUUCUUGGCCAUCCCAGCAUGGAAGACAACGCGUCAAAGGAAUGAAACCCAGCGCGGUUAAAGCAGAAAUCAGAUUUAGUGUGCACUCAUGGGGCCAAAACGGCGCAUCCACAAUCCCGAUGACGGCUAAGCUUUGCGAUCCCGCAAAUGGCCUGUCCGUGCCUUUUGGGCCUGUUGGCUUCUCCAUAUUUCAUGUUAACACUGCCUCCUGCUGUUAUGGAGUUGUUAGUGCCUAUCGGAAUCCGACGGGCUCUGUUUCACAUGUUUGGCUUGGCUGUGAGGCUGUUCUCUGCAUUUUCGGACACUCCUUGAGCGAAAUGUUUACACAACAACUAUACAGCUGCGUAUUUUUGAGCAGUUAUGGAUUGGAGGAGCGACAUAUAUAGACACAUCGCAUGAUAGCCUUGGUUUAUCUGGAGGCACUAGAUACCUGCACAAGAUGUUACGGCGUACAGAUUCGACCCACGCAUUCUGCUAUCGCUGUCGAAAUAAUGCUCUCCGCACUCGACUAAAAGUUUGGAAUCCUUCCAAUCCUCCUGUCACUCCUGCCUACGCGGAGCCUCGAAGAUCUUUAUCUCAUGUCCCCCUGCGAAAACCAACAGGGGCGGUUUCG